GGGGUGGGGGGGAGUCCUACUGAUUGUUACUCCCGCGCCGCUAUGGCUUCCGCCGGGGUGGCCGCGGGGCGACAAGCCGAGGAUGCGUUACCGCCCCCGUCCGAGCCUCAGCUGCCUGAGACCAAGCCGCUGCCGCCUCCUCAGCCGCCACCUCCGGUCGCUGCGCCCCAGACGCAGCCGUCGCCGGCCCCGCGGCCUCAGUCACCCGCGGGCGUGAAGGAGGAGAACUACUCCUUUUUGCCUUUGGUUCACAACAUCAUCAAAUGCAUGGACAAGGACAGCCCAGAUGUCCACCAGGACCUGAAUGCCCUCAAAACCAAGUUCCAGGAGAUGCGGAAGCUCAUCAGCACCAUGCCGGGCAUUCACCUGAGCCCUGAGCAGCAGCAGCAGCAGCUGCACAGCCUCCGGGAGCAGGUCAGGACCAAGAACGAGCUCCUGCAGAAGUACAAGAGCCUCUGCAUGUUCGAGAUCCCCAAGGAGUAGAGGCCGCCAGUGUCCAGGACCCAGAGGAGGGCAGGGGAGGCAGCCGGCUUCCUUGCCCACAGUUCCUCUGGACUCUAGCUCUGAGCCUGGCCUCACCAGCCGCAAGCUGUACAUACCCAUGUGGCUAAGGCAUGCCGACUUGAGCGUCUGCCACUGGAAGCCAGAGGAUUCCUGAGGCUGGGGGGAAGGGCUGCCCUGUACUGGGGAGGGGGCCAUCUGCUGUGUGUCUGGGUCCCUCCCGCAGAUCUGAAGAGCACAGUAGGAAAGGAGGCGGCUCUUCCUUGCUUCCUGCCCUCCCGCUCCUCCCACCUCUGAUACAAUCAGCAUGUACCAGGUACAUAUUGUUCCUGUUAGCAGCCGUUUGGUGAAACAUUUGCAUAGAAUUCACUGGACAAAUUAGGCCUGUACUCAUAUGGCAUGGGUUUAAUAUGAUUAAAGAAGACUGUGAGAGAAUGAGCCUUGUUCUGAAAGGCCAGAGGGUGGGUGGCUUUCUCUCCCCUCUCCAAAACAGUUUGGUUCCUUUUAUGUUUGAGCCAGUGAGCGGGGGUGGGGGUGGGGGGGUGGGGUGGGGGUGUCCCCUCAGUGCCCCCCCACCGCCAGGCUGCCGCUGACUCCAGGCUCAGUCUUCCUUUCUGUUCGGCUCUUGCUGCCAUUGUCUUCUGUCACCUUCAGUUAGUGAUGGAGAAGAGCCAACUUUCCACAGCCACAGUGCUUCCUCAGGGAUGGAGAGGGCCGGACCUUGGCUUGCAGGCUCAAAUAGAGUUUUAGAUCCAAGAGCAGAUCUCCCCAUGAUACCCAUUGCCCCGGCUCAAACCAUUAUUUCCCCUCUGGGCUUCUCACCACAGACAGCCCUGUUGGCUAUCCUGCAAACAAAAGGGUUCACAGUGCACUUUUUGUUGAGAAGGGGACUCUCAGUGGCAGUUGGAAUGUCCCCUCAGCCAGGUGUGACAAGGGAGUUCUGGAUCGGUUCUGAUGGGAUGGGCGGGCUAGGUCUAGAAGUUACAAGGCCAAGUUCUAGUUCUUACAUGUUUAUAAACAGCCCUCACUCCCCCAGCUCCAUGAUUUUUUUCUGAUGGGACACUAUGUGUGCUCUCCCCUUCUCUGCAGUGGGUAUGACAGCAGUUCUUCCCCUGACUCUUUAAGAGUGAGGUGAGAAGUAACUGAAUAUUGAUUGCAUCUAGAAAUGGGCACAUAAUCUGCUGACCAGCUCAGGGGCUUAGCAGGUGCCCGUUGACUGGCCUCGUUGGCAGAAGUACUGGUUGGAGAUGUUUUUAGCAGGGGUUCUAGUGGUGUCAGCCUGCAGCCACCUGUCAGAAGAUGGCUGGGUUUCAAAGACAGGCUUUGGCCAGAAGAGUAGGCUCUGAGUUUAAGUGGGUGGCCACCUAUUGGACCAGUUCUAUCUUGGGACUGUUAUUUAACUGAAUCAGUUAUUCUUAAAGUUUCAGAGUAGCAGGUGGGCCAAUUUUAAGGCUCUAACCAAAUACCAUGAAACAUGAAGCACGUAAAAAUACAAGACCUUUAGGGCCUUUCUGGGAGUCUGAAAUGGAGAUGGUGCGUGUGGGGGGGAUGAACUUCUCUGUUUUCCAUGAUUUGAUUUGUGAUAUUUUUCCAAUGUAUGAUUAAAAGUACUUAUUGCUCUAUUGCCGGGA